AUGACCGAACUCAACAGAGAACCCCGCCUCACACCUUACAGAGACCCAUCUGAGUUGAAAAUACUUCACAGCUGGUUUUAUGACACUUCCAAACAAGAUAACAGAUCCAGAGCCGUCCAGAAGGUGUGUGGUUUCGCACAAGGAGGCGCCGUACCGCAUUCUAUUGAAAUCACUUCUCUUUUCACUUCUUCUAUCCUUCUUGAUGAAUGCUUAACCAAAAUUGGUGUUUAUGACGAUACAACAGUCAGAUUAAGCUACACAAUGGCCAUGAUCAAAUUCGUUAAUGGCAUUCUUGACCCCUACCAGCAAUCAAGCUAUGCUAUCAGCCUUCAUCGGUUGGCAGAACUGAUCAAAUUGCCCAGUUACUUCGUCGAGUUGCGCCACAUCGGCACUCACGAGCACAUCCCUACAUUGGAAAUGCUCAGGUGGAGUACCCGGCGCGCUUUGCAAUGGCUCGAUGAGAAUUAUUGGUGUCACGUGACACAUUUGAAUUUGAGAGAGGGCCGUCCUGUAUUUUUAAGGAAUGGGGACGAAAGAUUUGAAAAGAGAGCAGCCGUGAUUGGUGAGCUUCGUGAAAUAUUGCAUAAUUUAAAGGAGUUAAGGUUGGAGGAUUCUAGUUUAACGUAUAAAGAAGGAGAUAUGACUGGAGAUGGUAAAUUUUAUUGGGAAUAUCUAAAUCGAUUGAAGCAAAUAGCGCAAGAUAGUGAAGAAAUGAGGAAUUUGCUUGUGCAAGUAUUCAUAUUUGACCCGGACGGGAUCAUAUUGCGAUCCAAGAGCUUGAGUGAGCGAGCUGCAAAAUCUUUGCAUUUUCUAUAUAAACCAAUUCUUCAGGAUAUGGGGCCGGAAUUUGUGAUGCUUUUAUUCGGCAAACUAUAUGAAUUUAUGACCAAAAAUGAAUAUUUGGAGGUGGUGAACGAUGUUAACUUUGGCGAGGUCCUAGUAAAAGGUGAUGAGAGGUACAUGCUUCCGAGAAAUGAGGCUGAAUGUGUGCAGGGGAGAAAGUGGAUUGAAUAUAUGCUUAAGAACGUAUUUGUGUUUGGGAAAAAGCCGCAAAUUGUUAGAUUCAUCAAUGAGGAGAGUGCGGAAAAGAUUGUGAGACUGAUUUCGUUGCAAAAUAAUGACGAAAGUAUCCGCAUGCUUGAAUUUUUCAGAGACAAAAACAGUGAUGUGAUAAAAGAGGUGCCUGAACUAUCGAGCAAGAUAGACAAAGCAUUGGAAACAAUGAACAAGUUCAAACUUCCAGAUUUUAUGGUUCAGAAGCCGUCAAAACGAAAACUUGAUAGUCCAGCCAGCAUAAAGGCGUCGAAGCGCAAGAAGGUGAAGAGGAAUAUUCUAGAAAGAGCCAAAAGCAAAAAUUCUAUCUUUAAGAGAUAUGAUGAUUGGAUUCCGGUUCCAUUUGGAUGUCCUGGACUGUGA